UCAGAGCCUCGGCUCUAUAUAAACUUUUCCCUUUAGUCCUCUGCCUUAUACAAACCAUACCCACAGUUCAAAAGUACACUUCAUAUACACAAUUUUACGGGUGUCCCUCUUCAAAAUCUUGUGCAAAACCAGUGAAUUUUCUCAAUGUUUUGCUACAAAUCUUGUUUUGCUACAAAUCUAAGUAAUGAAGUGAGUGAGACAAAUAUUGGGAAAAUGUUUUGCUACAAAUGUAAGUAAUGAAGUGAGACAAAUAUUGGGAAAAUGGAGUCAGAAGGGGGCCAAGAGAAAAGAGGUGGUACACCGCCAUCUUUUUCCUUCCUCUCGCCUUUUUUAUAUCUUUUUCACUGUAAAAUGUUUGGGCCACUUUGCAUUUAUCAUGACUAGAUAUACACCUCAAUAUUAGGUGAAAUUUUGGGGCAUUUCUUGCUUUUUGUUGUUGCAAUUAAUUGAUUUCUAGAAGGUCUUGUUGGUCUUUACUGAGAAUGCCAGAAAAAGGAGCAAAUUCAGAGAAACUUUUGUAAAUUGAGCUUCAGUGCUCUUGAUUUUGGAUAUAUUUCAUGCCAGUGAUUUAUGGGGCUAUUUAUAUGUGGUUAUGGAGGACAUUUGACUUUCAGCCUAUUCCUGAAUGUUUUGAGAAAUUUUGGGUUAGGGUUUGGUUCUUGUUUAUCUGAAACUAACUUCAGUGCUCUUGAUUUUGCAAAUAUUUCAUGCCAGUGAUUUAUGGGGAUAUCUAUAUCUGGUUAUGAAGGACAUUUGAAUUUCAGCCUAUUCCUGAAUGUUUUGAGAAAUUUUGGUUUAGGGUUUGGUUCCUUUUUUAUCUGAAACUAGCUGCAUUGUUAAUUGUUCUGAGUUGUACUUUCGUGAUCAUUUUUAUAAAUGAAGAAAAAAGAAAGAGGAAAUUACACAAUAUUGAAAGUACAUAAACUCUGAAUAUGUAAACAUUAGGUAGAUGGUUUUUUUUUUUUAUUUUGGCCCCUAUACUAUCCUAUCCUCUUCGUAGUACUUCUCUUCUUCCCUUGAGUUCUCUUCCAUUACUACUCUCACUCUUUACUAUCAGUGUUUAUUUCAAAGCAUGGUUGUAGAGAAAGUAGUCUUGUUAUGUCACUUUGGGGGACAAUUCAUUGGAAAUACGAAUGGUGGGAACGCCUCAUAUGAAGGUGGAGAUACACGAGCUGUAAUGGUUCCUCGUGAUAUAAGUUUCAACGAACUCCAAUCAAAAUUGGCCACGAUUUCCAGCCUAAGAGCCGGGUCAUUUUCUAUCAAGUAUCAAGCCAUUGGUACAUCUUGCUUGGUAUCUAUCUAUGAUGACAAUGAUGUCGUGACCAUGCUCUCUCUGUCUGUUGAGCAAAAGCCCAUGUAUGUCAUUGUAUGUUUUGUUGAACAGAGUGUGGGUUAUGAAGAUGGUGGUGGCACUGGGGACAUUCACAAGGAUCCUCCAGUGUUGAGAAUCUUAAAACAACUCAGAGAGUACCACAAAGAGUGUCUCGUACUCGUAAAAGAUCAGCAAAAGGACUGUCGGGUGUUGGGGAACACAUUCAGGAUUCUGAAAUCCAGAAAGAGUGAGACAAGGAUUAUCUGUGAAACUCUUCAGAUUGUAUCGCAGGGUGUGUCUCGUACUCGUAAAAGAUCGACGCGAGGAGUCUCUAGUGCUGGGGAUCUAGAAACUCCUCAGAUAGUAACGCAAGGAGUGUCUAGUGGUGGGGAUUUUGAAACUCCACUAACAGUGUUGCCUACAUUGGUCAUUGGAGCAGAAUUUCAAGAUGCACAUAGUUUUAGGAAAACAUUGGUAUCUUUUGCUAUUUCAGAAAAUUUCGCUUUAAAGUUCAUAAAAAAUGAUGCCAGUCGUGUCACUGCAAAAUGUCAGGCAAAGGGGUGUACAUUUCAUAUUCAUGCAUCUCGUGUCUCUGGUUUAAAAUUAUUCAGAAUUAGAACGAUGAACCCCUUGAAUACAUGCGACAGAUUGCUAAAUGGAAGUCAUCCUCAAGUCCAAAGUGAGUGGAUAGCUGAUAAGAUAAAGCAACACCUCUAAGAUAAUCCCUGAUACAAGCGAAAGGAAAUUAUGAAAGACAUUCACCACUAUUACGGUGCGCAAAUAGGAUAUUCACAAGCUAGGCGAGGAAGGGAGCUUGCGAUGAAGAUUCUUCAUGGAUCAUAUGAGGAUGCUUAUCGCGUACUUCCAUCUUAUUGCCCAAAGCUAAUAGACAAGAACCUGGGAACCAUUGCCGAUACUGAAGUAGACAAAGAAGAUAAGAGCUUUAAGAGAUUGUUUGUAGCCUUUCAUGCAACAAUAUAUGGGUUCUUACAAGGAUGUUUACCCCUUAUGAUCCUUGAUGAAAUGUUAAUUUAAACCAAGUAUGGUUGGUACCUAUUGGCAGCAAUAGCUAUGGAUGCUGAUGGUAUAACGUUUCCUGUGGCCUUUGGCAUAUCCAUGUCUGAUGACGCCGAGAGUUGGGAAUGGUUCUUAACCCAACUACAAGAUGCUUUGGUUGGUCCUCAGAGAAAUAGAUUGACAUUCAUCUCAGACCUACAGAAAAGGUUACAACCAGUUUUGGAAAGAGUCUUUCCAAAUUAUUUUCAUGGGUUUUGUAUGGAAUCUUUAGCUGAGAGCUUUAACAAUGACUCGAAGAAUUGUGAGCUGACAAAAUACUUCUGGAAAGUAGCUCGUGCUAAGGCACUUUUAGAAUUUAAUUCUUGAAUCGCUGAAGUUUGAGCUGUUUCUUCGAGAGCGGCAGUUUGGAUUGAGGGAAUUCCAGUAAAAUUUUGGGCUGCAACUUAUAUUGAAUAUGAGGUACAAUCACGUAACAUCUAAGCUUUUGGAAUCCUUUAACAAUUGGAUUGGGGAAUCACAUCAUCUCCCCAUUGUUAGUUUGUAGAGAGUUUACGUAUGAAGCUGAUGCAACACAUACACAAACGACGAGAGCUCAGUUCACAAUGGCCUUCAAAGAUUGUUCCUAGUGCCGAUGAGAAGAUAAAAAGAAGAAUGGCGAAAGCUGAUUGUUUUCGAAUCUUUCGAUCCAAUGGAACCCAAUUUGAGGUUUUAUCAGAUAGGGUGGAUGUGGUUAAUUUGGAAUGUCGUGAAUGCACUUGUCAGAGGUGGCAGCUUAGCGGGUUGCCUUGCUCUCACGCUUUGGUGGCUAUAUAUUCAAAACAGGGCACAAUUUCUGAUUAUUGUUCUCACUACUUACAUGUAGAGACUUAACGAAAAACAUUUUUGGAGACUAUACACCCAGUGCCUGAUAGAACGCCAAUGCCUGAGGUGCGAGAUUGUGUUGUGAACUUACCUCUUGUAGUUAGGCAAAAUGAGAAGACCAAGAAGAAACAGAUCAGGAGUGGAAACGAUGAGGUCAGGCCUGUGAAUUACAGUCAAUGAGAAGGUGUACAAUAGGCAGACUUGCAAGGGAAAAACCUAGGUUCACAUAUGCUUUAUUUGUGUUUUCUUUUGACCAAAUAUAAAUCAAGGAUUGUCUAAACUGUAAUGGAAUGUGAAAAGUUCCCUCUCUCUCUUA